AAAUAAAAAAUCAAUCCCUGUGAGUUGUGACUCACUCCUCGCGCCUCUUUGUGAAUUUAUGAAUUUAGACUUUCCUUCUUCCUUUCUUUUUUCGCCUUCAAUUUUCCAAACCCUUGGCGCGAAAUCAGGUACUUAGGGUUAGGGUUAGGGUUAGGGUUCCGAUGGGGAGCAAGGUGAGCGACCACCACUUAUCCACCGUCCGAUCCAUCGUGGGUUCCGAAUUCUCCGACAUGGACAUCAUCAGGGCCCUCCACAUGGCCAAAAACGACGUCACUGCGGCCAUCAACAUCAUCUUCGACACUCACACCGCCCCCAAAUUCAAGGCCACGCGCCCCACCAAUCCCCCACCAGUUUCUCCCCCAGAACCGACGCCUCCCGCUCCCACCGUCACCGCCAACUCAAACCACAGAGUCGGUGAACGACACAGCGACAGUAACCGCGACGAUUGGUGGUUCGUGAGUUGUGGUGAAAUGACGGGUUUGUCCACGUGUAAAGGGAGGACUAUAAGCUCCGGCGAGACCGUGGUUUUCAAGUUCCCGGCAAAGAAGCUCUCCGCUUCGCCCUCUCCAGGGAAGGGGUUCGGGCGGGCAGUGGCUUGUUCGGAGAUUGUUCGAUUCUCGACGGAACAAGCUGGGGAGAUUGGUAGAAUACCGAACGAAUGGGGUCGGUGCCUUUUGCCUCUCGUGCGGGAUCAUAAGGUUAGGAUUGAGGGGCAGUGUAAAUACGCCCCUAAUGUUUUGGGUAUCAUGGACUCCAUUGUUUUGUCAGUGAGUGUAUUUAUCAAUAGUUCGAUGUUUGAUAAGCAUCACCAGGUUUCUCUCAAGGAUGCUGCCAACUCCACUGAUGAAUCAGUGUUUCAUCCGCUUCCAACUUUGUUUCGGUUGCUGGGUUUAAACCCUUUUAAGAAGGCGGAGUUAACUCCUGGUGAUUUCUAUUCCAACAAACGUCCUCUCAGUCAAAGGGUCCCAUUACCACGUACCAAGUCUGAGCAUCCUUCUCAAAAUGGUCAGGAGAAUGACAAUGAGGAUUCCAUUUCUGAAAUUGAUGUUGAGAACAUUGUUGGUGUUGGAUCGAGCUCAGAGUUAGAGGAAAUGGACCCCCCUGGUAAUCUUAUGUGUGAACUGCGGCCCUAUCAAAAGCAGGCGCUUUAUUGGAUGAUCCAGAUGGAGAAGGGACAAUCUAUGGACGAGACAGCAACAACCCUCCAUCCAUGUUGGGAGGCAUAUCACCUGGCUGACAAGAGGGAGCUUGUUAUUUAUUUGAAUGCAUUUUCUGGUGAAGCCUCAAUAGAAUUUCCUAGCACCCUUCAAAUGGCCAGAGGAGGAAUUUUGGCAGAUGCUAUGGGGCUUGGAAAGACCAUCAUGACCAUAUCCCUUCUCGUUGCCCAUUCAGGAAAGGGUGGAUCAAUAGCCAGUCAACCCAUAACCCAAUCCUUUAUUGAAGGUGGUGAAGUUAGUGAUACAGUGCACAAUUUUUCAAACAUACCCAAGAAGGCAACUAAAUUUGCUGGUUUUGAUAAACUGAUGAAGCAAAAGAAUGUUCUAAUGAGUGGUGGCAACUUGAUAAUAUGUCCCAUGACUCUUCUUGGGCAAUGGAAGGCGGAGAUUGAAACUCAUGUGCACCCUGGGUCUCUGUCUCUAUAUGUUCACUAUGGACAAAGUAGGCCAAAAGAUGCAAAAAGUCUCGCCCAAAGUGAUGUUGUAAUUACUACAUAUGGAAUUUUGGCCUCUGAAUUUUCCAGCGAGAGUGCAGAGGAUAAUGGUGGACUCUUCUCAAUUCGGUGGUUUAGAGUGGUUCUUGAUGAAGCACAUACCAUAAAAUCUUCUAAAAGCCAAAUUUCUUUAGCAGCUGCUGCUCUAAUUGCUGACAGACGUUGGUGUCUAACAGGCACUCCGAUUCAGAACAGCCUUGAGGAUAUUUACAGUCUUCUGCGGUUUCUGAGAAUAGAGCCUUGGGGUCAUUGGGCAUGGUGGAACAAACUUAUUCAGAAACCAUUUGAGGGUGGUGAUGAAAGAGGGCUGAAGUUAGUUCAAUCAAUUUUGAAGCCAAUCAUGUUGAGGAGAACCAAACAUAGCACAGAUCGAGAGGGCAAGCCCAUCCUAGUUCUCCCUCCAGCUGAUAUGCAGGUAAUUUACUGUGAACCCACAGAACCUGAAAAGGACUUUUAUGGAGCCCUAUUCAAAAGAUCUAAGGUAAAAUUUGACCAGUUUGUUGAGCAAGGGCGUGUUCUUCAUAAUUAUGCUUCAAUAUUGGAGUUACUUUUACGUCUUCGGCAAUGUUGUGAUCAUCCAUUUCUUGUAAUGAGUCGAGGUGAUACUCAAGAAUUUGCCGAUCUAAACAAACUAGCUAAGCGCUUCCUUAGAGGAACCUAUAGUGCUUCAGAAGGUGAAGUAAAAGAUACACCUUCACGGGCUUAUGUUCAAGAAGUUGUGGAAGAGCUACGUAAAGGGGAGCAAGGAGAGUGUCCAAUAUGUCUUGAAGUAUUUGAAGAUGCUGUGUUAACGCCUUGUGCUCACCGCUUAUGCCGGGAAUGCCUCUUGUCAAGUUGGCGAAAUGCUACGUCUGGCUUAUGUCCUGUUUGUAGGAAAACAAUCAGCAGGCAGGAUCUUAUCACUGCCCCUACUGAGAAUCGGUUUCAGGUGGAUAUUGAGAAGAACUGGGUAGAGUCUUGCAAGGUAACUGUUCUUUUGAAUGAACUUGAAAAUCUUUGCUCAUCAGGCUCCAAAAGCAUUGUUUUCAGCCAGUGGACUGCUUUUCUAGACCUCUUGCAGAUUCCCUUUACUCGGAAUAACAUUCCGUUUGUUCGUCUUGACGGGACUUUGAAUCAGCAGCAGCGAGAAAAAGUAAUCAAGCAAUUCUCCGAAGACGGCGAAACCCUGGUGUUGUUAAUGUCACUAAAAGCUGGUGGAGUAGGUAUAAACCUAACAGCAGCUUCUAAUGCUUUUGUCAUGGACCCAUGGUGGAAUCCUGCUGUUGAGGAACAAGCUGUUAUGCGUAUUCAUCGUAUUGGACAAACAAAGAAGGUUGCCAUUAGACGGUUUAUUGUGAAGCAUUUGCUCUUGUGUUUAACAUUGCAGGGGACAGUUGAGGAGAGAAUGGAGGCAGUGCAAGCACGGAAACAACGAAUGAUUUCUGGUGCCUUGACUGAUCAAGAAGUUCGAACUGCAAGGAUUGAGGAGUUGAAGAUGCUUUUUACUUAGACCAGAGGCAGUGCAAACAUGUUUUCUUGCUUUGGGUGCACCAGCACUUUCACAAAUUUUGCAUCCCAUGGUUUUUUUGUCUUCUUAAGUGCUGGUGACUGGCGAGUGCGAGGUAGUUGUGACUAGUAACAUGAAGGUGCUUCUUAGGCGGGCAUGUGUGCCAGGGAAUAGUCUUUUAGCCUGCAACUUCCAUAGUGAGAUCAAGUUUAAUGAAUAUCUUGGUCAACACAAUGCUUGAAUCAGGCUGUUUGGAGGGGGAGGUGCAAAGUAGAUGAACGUUCUUGAUGUAAUUGGGGACAUGCUGUUGUUAUGCUAUGUUUGGGAGAGGGGAACGAGUGGAUAAGCGAAGAAAUGGAUGGACUUAUUUCCCCUUGUUUGAUAUUUUAAGUUAAAAAUAGAGGGAAGGAUAGUUCUAAGUUUUUGGUUUUCAAUGUAGUUCUUACUUUGUAAAUCUUUUUGUCUAAGUUCAGUGUAUGUAUGUAAUUCAACAACUAUUUAAUUAAAAAUGAUUUUUUUUCAUCUGCAUUA